GUAAUGACGUAAUCUUCCUAAGCUUUGACAGCAAGCACAAGGGGCAAGCGAAACAUCGACCAGCCUAUUUUCCUAGCUACAUUGUCAUUAGGGUACUGUAGUCAUAUUCGGCACGGUAGAACAUACUCAAUAUAAGACGACCCUUUAGGAACAAACUACGAUUUCCGAGAAUCGCUAAACUCGCUCUAGUAGGGCUUCUCUGUUCAGUGUUUGAGGAGUUGCUAUUUCCUGGUUGAUACUAGCAGCCAUUUUGGGUUUCAAGACAACUAGCCUGGGUUUGGAGGAAUACCUUGCCAGCUAGUUAACGUUAGUUACUUUUUUAAUCAAAGGAAUUAGCUAGCUAACUAUUUAUUAACAGUUUUCAGAGCGAAAGGGAGUGCCGUUUUUAUAAGAAACGGGGAUUUACUGUGACGAGUCCACGAUGAAUCCCGAAUAUGACUAUUUAUUCAAGCUGCUCCUGAUCGGUGACUCUGGCGUCGGAAAGUCUUGUCUUCUACUCCGAUUUGCAGAUGACACGUACACAGAAAGCUACAUUAGCACAAUCGGAGUGGACUUCAAAAUACGAACUAUAGAAUUAGACGGAAAGACCAUUAAACUUCAAAUCUGGGACACGGCAGGGCAGGAGAGGUUUCGCACAAUCACAUCCAGCUACUACAGAGGAGCCCACGGCAUCAUCGUAGUCUAUGACGUCACAGACCAGGAGUCCUUCAACAAUGUCAAGCAGUGGCUACAGGAAAUCGACCGCUACGCCAGUGAAAAUGUCAACAAGCUAUUGGUGGGGAACAAGUGUGACCUGACAACAAAGAAAGUGGUGGAUUACACAACAGCAAAGGAGUUUGCGGACUCCCUGGGCAUCCCAUUCUUGGAAACGAGUGCCAAGAAUGCCACCAAUGUAGAGCAGGCCUUCAUGACCAUGGCUGCUGAGAUCAAGAAGAGGAUGGGCCCUGGGGCUACGACCGGCGGCAACGAGAAGUCCAAUGUCAAGAUCCAGAGUACGCCUGUCAAACCUGCCUCGGGGGGCUGCUGCUGAGAGGGAGAACCCCACCAACACCUCAACCACCCCCCUCUGGCCUGUCACCCCCCCCCCUCCACCUGGCCCCAUUCUCCACCAUGCCCCACCCACCCAUCUUAACAGUAACUGAGUGCGAGUGUGAUAGAAAGUAAGAGCGAAAACAAAAUUUAAGUUGCCUGAAUUUGUACUGUAGCCGCACUACCAACAAAAAUUAAUGGUUAUCACCCUCCCUUUAUGCCCUGGUAAUUGAUGAUUAGUAGUACUUUCUAGGCAAUCUGUUAGCAGUCAGAUGGUCAGCCGCUCACUGGACCUCCCCUGGCCCCCUCCUGGAGUGGCUUUACCCCUCCCCACCCUUACCCGGACCUCAUCAGAAACAACGGAUUUCGCUUGCCCCCCCCCCACCCUCCUCUGUGUGAAGGUUAAUGAGAAUAAUGUGUGCGUGUCUAUCUCACUGCAUUCCUACUGCAGGGUUGGUCUGUAGUCAAAUUCAAUGAUGUUUUCUGUUCUUCUGUCCCCCGCUUUUCUUUUCUGGUUGGUUAUUUUGCUGUUUGUAUCGGCAAAUGUAGUUUCUUCGCCAAUAUGCGUGUCAGCCAACUGCACAACAGUGUCUCACUGUCUCGCAAAAAAGUAUAGUGAAAAAUAUGUACAUAUACAUGAUGUGUGUAUAUAUAUGUAAGAUCUGAUUUGCUAGUUCUGUAGACUUCAAUACAUUAUCGUAGUAGUCUUGACUUAAUCUCUGCAUUAAAUUUGUCUCAACAUGUCACAUUUAAACUGAAAAAUAAAUAAAUGUUGUACUUCCAGACUGUAUGAUACGGAAAGAUCUGUCUGCGAUUCUUGGUGGCUGUGUAGGAACAUUUUGUGUUUUUAAUAAUUUAUUCUACAUUUAUAUGGCAAAUAUGUUGUACCAGUAACUAGGAUCUGUAUGCAAAUUGGCCAUUACCUGUGGAAUAUCUCAGUACAGAAUUGCAUAUAUAAAACACUAUGUUCUUUUUUCAUAAUAAAGGCAACUGAAUACA